AUGCAGUUUCCUGCCACAGGGAACUCUGGCUCUAUGGCUACUGAGAUCCCACCUAAGAAGCGUGGGAAAUGUCAGUGUGAGACACACCAUGCAAAGAGCAUCCUGUACCAGAUCCUUAACAAAGAGCAUGGAAGUGAGACCAAGUGCCAGCAAUAUUGCAGUCCCCGCUACUCCGCAGGACAUAACAGCUGCUCUUGUGCAGACAGAAGAGUUGUCCUGAAAACGCCAGAAGCCACGAGCAGAAGGGCUUCUGAAGUGCUCCUGAAGACUUUAACUUUCGUUAGAAACUUGCCUUCUUUUUAUCAUGUGCCUUGGGAGGAUCAGCUUGUCCUCAUACAGCAGAACUGGGCCCCUCUUUUUGUCCUGGGCAUGGCACAAGAAAGGGUGGAUUUUGACCUGAGAGAGAUUUCAGCCCCUAGUUUACUUAAAAAGAUCCUCCUCAAUCAGUCUUUGACAGCUAGCAAUGAACUGGACAGCUCGUCACUAGAAGCAUCUUUCGAAGAAGUUCAGAAGAUAAAGGGUUUAUUGUGGAAAUUCUGGGACCUGGACAUAAGUGCAAAAGAAUAUGCUUAUCUUAAAGGAAUUAUUCUUUUUAAUUCUGGAUGCCAUGUCCUAAAAUGUCUCCCUUAUGUACAAACACUGCAGCAGGAAGCUCAGCAAGCCUUGAUGGAGUUUAUUUCAACAAUGUUCCACAGAAACCUAGGCAGGUUUGCGUGGAUUCUUCAGCUAAUCGCCUCUCUUCAAGACAUUGAUGCAGAUGCUAUUGAAGAGCUCUUCUUCAGGCCCAUUCUAGGAGAGGCCACCCUAAAUGUAUUACUUCUAGAAACCCUAUAUACCAAGCCAGACUGGCUUUGA